GGCCGCACUUUGCCCCUGUCCGCUGGGAGGGGACGCGGGUGCCGGCUGCCGCCCUUCGCCCCCGCGCUUGUGGUGAGAAAUCGGGCGAGGUGAGGGGAACGGGGGGGCCGGGGCAUCGUCCCCUGGAAACAGGGACCCCCGCGGGGGAGUGACGGCCGCCCCGUGUCCGUCUGUCCCUCCGUGUGUCCGUCCGUCCUGUGUCCGUCCGUCCCGCAGGGAUGAGCGGCGUGGCGGGGCCGUGAUGGCGGAGGGCAGCGCGCUGGAGCGGCCGGGCCUGGACAGGGCGGCGGGGGAGGAAUUCCUGCGGGAGGCCUUCGAGGUGCUGCUGGACGAGGCCGUCCGCAAGGGCACGGACACGGCCCUCAAGGUGUGCGACUGGAGGGAGCCGCGGGAGCUGCGGGCGCUGCUGGACCUGGAGCUGCGCAGCCACGGGGAGCCCCCGCAGCGCCUGCUGCAGCGCUGCCGCGAUGUCGCCCGCUACAGCGUCAAGACCGGACACCCCCGCUUCUUCAACCAGCUCUUCUCGGGGCUGGACCACCACGCGCUGGCGGGACGCCUGCUGACCGAGGCCCUCAACACCAGCCAGUACACGUACGAGAUCGCCCCGGUGUUCGUGCUGAUGGAGGAGGUGGUGCUGGCCAAGCUGCGGGAGCUGGUGGGAUGGGGCAGCGGCGACGGCACCUUCUGCCCCGGAGGCUCCGUCUCCAACAUGUACGCCAUGAACGUCGCCCGCUUCCAGCGCUUCCCCGAGGGCCGGCAGAGGGGCAGCCGGGCCCUGCCGCGCCUGGCGCUCUUCGCCUCACAGGAGAGCCACUACUCCGUCGAGAAGGGGGCCGCCUUCCUGGGCAUCGGCACCGACAACGUCUUCCUGGUGCGCGCGGAUGAGAGGGGGAAGAUGAUCCCCGAGGAGCUGGAGAAGGAGAUCGAGAGGGCGAAAGGCGAGGGCGCCGUGCCCUUCUUCGUCAGCGCCACGUGCGGCACCACCGUCCUGGGCGCCUUCGACCCGCUGGGCAGCGUGGCGGACGUGUGCCAGCGCCACGGCCUCUGGCUCCACGUGGACGCCGCCUGGGGCGGGAGCGCGCUGCUCUCCAGGACGCACCGGCACCUCCUGGCCGGCAUCGAGAGGGCUGACUCGGUGGCCUGGAACCCGCACAAGAUGCUGGCGGUGGGGCUGCAGUGCUCAGCUCUGCUCCUCCGCGACACCUCCGGGCUGCUGCAGCGGUGCCACGGGGCGGGCGCCGCGUACCUCUUCCAGCCCGACAAAUUCUACGACGUGGCGUACGACACUGGCGACAAGACGGUGCAGUGCGGCCGCCGCGUCGACUGCCUCAAGCUCUGGCUGCUCUGGAAGGCCGUGGGCACCGAGGGGCUGGAGCGCCGCGUUGACAGGGCCUUCGCCUGCACCAGGUACCUGGCGGAGGAGCUGAGGCGGAGGGACGGCUUCCAGCUGGUGCUCGAGCCCGAAUUCAUCAACCUCUGCUUCUGGUUCGUGCCGCCCAGCCUGCGGGGCCGCGAGGGCCGCGAGGAUUUCUGGCCGCGGCUGGGGAAGGUGGCCCCCGCCAUCAAGGAGAGGAUGAUGAAGGAGGGCUCCAUGAUGGUGGGCUACCAGCCCCACGGCACCAGGGUCAACUUCUUCCGGCAGAUCGUCACCAGCCCCGCCGUCACCAGGGCCGACCUCGACUUCUUCCUGGACGAGAUCGAGAGGCUGGGGCGCGACCUCUAGGGCCCUGCACGCCCCCCUGGGGGGGGACAUUUGGGGACCGAGGGCGGGGGGUGCUCCCCCUGCUCGUACCCCAGUGAAGGCUGGACCGGCCUCCACCGUGCUGUGAGGAUGGGUGGAAUAAACCCCUUUUUACCG